AUCAUUAGUAACGUCCCAUAAAAGUGUUAUGUCUAUAUCCGGUGGUGCAAGUAGUACCUCAUCAGCAGCUAUAACAGAUUGCGACGAACUGGGUAUUGUAGUGGGGGAAGAAGCGGAGCAUGUAAGAGAACGCAUUUUUUGGGGACCAGAUAGUGCGUAUAAAAGGCAGAUAUAUAAGGCAGCGAUUACAGGGGAUUGGAGUAAAGCUUUAAGAUAUAAUAUAACUGAUCCUACUCGGCUCUGUUCUGUUUUGACUAAGCAAGGAGACACAGCUCUUCACAUUGCAGUGAGCAUGGAACAAACCAGCUUUGUAGAAAACUUAAUAGAUCAUAUCAGUCUGGAAGACAUGCAAAUUCGCAAGGUAGAUGGCAACACUGCCUUUUCUAUGGCUGCCAUUUCAGGAAACCUGCAAAUUGCUAAAUUACUACUUCACAAGAAUCCAGGAUUGGUUUGGAUUAAAGGACACAAAAACAUGCUUCCAAUUGAAUUGGCAUGUUGGGCUAAUCAGCCUCUUUUGGUGAAUUAUUUGUUUGAAAAUACUCGACUGGAUUAUUUGAACCGUCGGUUAUUAUCCAUUGAAGACAUUGUUAGGGUGUUUUUCUUGGCACUUACCACCAGCAAUUAUAGUGUGGCAUCUUCGUUGUUGGAUAUGUAUUCCGAACUUGCGAGGGCUGAAAACAAUGACGGACUAACUACAUUGGAAGUCAUUGCCAAAUUGCCCUUGGAGGGUGAUGGAGCUGGAUAUAGAGACAUUGUGCGUACGGUUUUUGAGCAUAUGGAAGGGGAAGAGUUUGAGUGUGCAAGAAUUUCAAAAGCAAUGUUUGAUGCAGCAAAAUUAGGAAAUGACAUGAUUUUGGAAUUUAUGUUUGGAUACAAUGCAAAUUUGUUGAUGGAAGUGAAUUCAAAGGGGCAAAGCUUACUUCACAUAGCCAUUCUAAAUCGCCGAGUAACCACUUACCAAUUAAUAUUGAGCAAGGGUGCAUACACCAAUGCUAUUCUGCAAUUCCUUGAUUUUAAGGGAAACAAUAUUCUUCACUGUGCUGGAAAGCUUUCAGCUGCAGAAAGAUUUGGAACACCUUGUCAUUCUCUACUUAUCAGUGAGGAACGAUGGUUUCAGGAAGUGGCAAGCAUAGUUCCAGGUGCAUUUAAAAGCAUGAAAAAUGUGAAAGGACGAACUCCAGAGGAACUAUUUUAUAAGGAACACAAAGAGCUUCAUGAAAGAGCUAUGUCAGAACAGAAUGAAACAGCAAACAAUUUUAUGAUUAUUGUAACUCUUGUUACCACAUUGGCUGUAACUGCUGCUCUCACUAUUCGGACCAACCCUGUUCAAGGACCAACUCCUAUCUUUAAAGAGACCACAUGUUAUACACAGCCCACGCAAGCAGAAAAUGUUUGACCAGGUCAUUGCUCGUCAUCGGAAGAUUGCAAUCGGGUGUUUGUUUCUUUUUCUUUCUAUAAUCACCAUUACU